GCUGUCUCGCAAUCUGUCUCGGCCGCCCCUGGAGACAGCAAAGCUCUCCGUAGAGAAGCGCUACGAGGAGCUUGAGCUUUACGACCGCGAGUUGAAGAAGGAGAGAGCAAAGAUUGAAGCAGACCCCAUGCUCUUCUCAGAUGAUGUUUUCACCAUUGAGCCCUUGGAGGGAGAGGUUGGGCCACACUCUUCAGCUGAGAUCAAGGUGUUCUUUAAACCUCGAGAUGCCCAAGACUAUAGAAAAGUGGCCUACUGUUCCAUCUCAGGCCGUGAGAGCAGGCUGCCCCUGCACCUCACAGGGGAAGGCCUCGGGCCCUGCCUCCGUUUCAAGUUUGCGGAACUGGACAUGGGGGGAGUUUUGGUUGGAGAAGCCUACAGCUACGAGGCAAUCCUGGUUAACACAGGAGCUAUCAACGCUCCCUUCAAGCUCAUCCCUUCAACCACAGUCCACGGCUCCUGCUUCACCUUUCAGCCCCAGCAGGGCAUCGUUCCACGCAAUGGGAUCCUGCCCAUCCAGAUCUUCUUCAGUUCCAGCACCCUGGGGGAGUUCGAGGAAGAGUUCCAUUUCAAUGUGGCUGAAUGCCCUAAGCCUGUGACCUUGACUAUCAGGUGAGGAAGGCUCUGGGAGCUUGGUGGGCACAUCUGUAGCUGUCUCUGAGUAAUCAUCUCCCACCUGCCUCAUUUGGUGGUGGAG